AUGAAUGUUUGUAAAACAGUGUUCAAUGUUUUUUUUGUCUUGUUCUUUAUAACCAUUUAUCAAAUACAAUGUCAAUUACGUUUUGCAUCCUUGGGUGAUUGGGGAAAAGAGUCAAAAUCUCAAUUAUUAAAUGCAAAAUAUCUAAAACAAUAUAUAAAAAAUGAACGAGUAACAUUUAUAGUAAGCCCAGGAUCCAAUUUUUUGGAUGGUGUAAAAGGGUUAAAUGAUCCUGCAUGGAAAAAUCUAUAUGAAGACGUAUAUGCAGAAGAAAGCGGAAAUAUGUACAUGCCAUUUUUUACUGUAUUAGGAGCACGUGAUUGGACAGGUAAUUAUACCUCUGAAGUAUUAAAAGGUCAGGGGAUAUAUGUAGAAAAGGAUGGCGAAACUGCUAUUGAAAGAGAAGGAGACGCAACUGAAUAUCCUAAAUGGAUUAUUCCAAAUUAUUGGUAUCACUAUUUCACACAUUUUACUGUUUCAACAGGACCAUCAAUAGUUAAAACUGGCCAUAAAGAUAUGGCUGCAGCUUUUAUUUUUAUUGAUACAUGGAUAUUAUCGCCAAAUUUUCCAUAUAAAAAUAUUCACGAGAGAGCAUGGGAUGAUCUAAAAUCUCAAUUAACUGUUGCAAAAAAAAUUGCAGAUUUCAUAAUUGUGGUAGGUGAUCAACCAAUUUAUUCUUCAGGAUUAUCAAGAGGAAAUUCUUAUUUAGCAUAUUAUUUGUUACCAUUAUUAAAAGAUGCUCAAGUAGAUUUAUAUAUUGCCGGUCAUGAUAAUAACAUGGAAGUUAUAGAAGAUAAUGAUAUUACACACGUAACAUGUGGCUCAGGUGCUAUAGCAAGUGGAAAACCCGCUAUUAAAUCAUCAAAUUCUCUUUUUUUUAGUAAUGAUAUAGGUUUUUGUUUACAUGAAUUAAAUAACAAUGGUAUUAUUACUAAAUUUAUUAGCAGUAAAAGUGGUGAAGUUAUUUAUACACAUAAAACUAAUUUGAAGACAAAAAAAGGUCUUGAUAAAUUAAAUUCCUUACAAUAUGUUGCCUCUUUACCUAAGGUUGAAUUAAUGGAUAUUCCUGCUAGUGGUCCUAUGGGAAAUAAAGAUACCUUUAUUAAAAUUGUUGGUACUGUAGGUUUGCUUAUAGGUUCAUUAAUUGUUUUUAUUGGUGCAUCAUCAUUUUUAUCAAAAAAUAUGAAGUAA